AUGAUACCACCGCUUCAUCAUUUGAAGGAACUUGGUCCGCUGGCCUCUCAUCACGCUCAAAUUGAGCACAGUCUAGGCCAUAUUCCGUCCCAACAACAACCCAAGUUGGUUGGUGAUGAACCGCCGAAAGGCACCUCAUCGCAUCGUAAUCAACAACAACGCGAUUCUCAAUACAAUCGCCAGAUGAACAUCGGUAAAAUCAGUAAUGACGGUGAGUUAUAUGAAAUGAUUUAA